AGUCGUGAAGAAGGAGGAGCCUGACUGUGUGACAUUCAGCACGCCGCUCCUAUCGGCCCUAUGCUCUCAAGCACAUUUGAUAAGAAAUGGACUGCAUUAUUUUUCUUGUUCGUCCGGUGAUUCGGUUGGGAUGUUACCGACUAUAUCGAUGUCCCUUUACGUCAUGUUUUCAAGUGAUUACCAUGUUGUAUUGUAACACUAGGUCCCAAGGCACUUGCUGUGUGGAUUUUUCUGCCCAUUUUAUCAACUAAAGUUGUUAUUCAGCAUGGACAGCCCCCCUAAACUUUCUGGGGAGACCUUAAUUGUUCACCAUAUCCCACUUGUACACUGCCAGAUCCCAGACAGGCAGUGCUGCAGCUCUAUCAAGAGAGCCAACCCGUUCUGCCAGGCUGAUUUAGGACUGACUCGGACCACCUCCUUGCCUGAAAGGGAUGUUUUGCUGAAAGAGGACCUGGUGUAUAGCAGCUUGAUUAAGGCAUCCAGUAGUGGUGGUGGAGACAGUCAGUUAAUUGAUUCCUCCUCAUUCUCUUCUUCAUAUAACUUGGUAGAAACCAAAGGAAAAGAGCAUAUAGGGAAAGGAAACCAUAAGCAACGCUACAAUCCUUUUCUUCUAAACGCAAAAGACAAACAAUUUGAUGGCUACCAGGAAGACGCCUCCUUUCAUCUUCAUGUUAACUGCAAUACUAAUACUGAUAAGUACUCUUCCUUUCAUUUUACCCCUCACUCAUUUCUUCUACAUGAAAACAUGGAAACUUCCCUUAGGUCUGCGACUGCUCUUUCACACAGACUUGGUGCAGCCGAAGGCAGAGAAGGUGUUGGGUGCAAUUUAAUGAUGAACAAUCCUAACUGCUGCAACACAAAAACUAUGGAACGAUUAGUGGAAUGCUUGGACCUCUCUGGUUAUCAGUGUCAACGACGUAAUGGGAGUAGCGGCUCCACUCUCUCACUGGACUGUGGGGAACAGGAGUGGAAUAGCAGUCCUCCUGAGGAAGAUGAGCAGCUGAGGGAAGACCAACAGAGUCACCCCUGUAGUUGCUGUUCUAGCAUGGACUUUAAUCAUCCACCUUCUUCUGCAAAUCGUUGCCGCUGCUGCUUUUAUAGCUUUUCUGAUCCUUCUGAAAUUAAUGAUGAGCAGAUGGGCUAUGUUAGUGACUCUUCAUGCAAUAGCUCAGAUGGUGUGCUGGUUAACUUCAGUACAAUUUACAAUAAAAUGAAGAAUGAUGUUCCUUCGAAAUCUCUGAACAUGAACUCAGAAGAUCAAUCCUGUGAGUCCUCUAUUGGUAGCCACUCAGAACCAGGUGUAGCAUUUUACCUUGACUUGCAUACUUCACCCUCAGAAUCCCAGGGAGGAUGUUCUCAGGGGUUAGGUGGUUUCAGUACUGGCUUUGAUCAUACUCAGAACCAUCAGCAAUCUCCAGAGACCUUGGAUGCUAAUUGUAAUUCCUAUCACCUUAAUUGUGAGGCUGGUCCUGGCUUAUCAGAUGGGUCUGAUGUGACCUCUUGCUUCCAAAGCCAGGCACGUUUAGUAGUGGCAACCCAGAAUUAUUAUAAGCUAGUAACCUGUGACCUCUCUUCACAGUCUUCUCCUAGUCCAGCUGGAUCCUCUAUUGCCAGUUGCUCUGAUGAGCAUAACAAGAGCAGUCCUAGCCAGCCUACUGAAUAUUACCUGUUUCAAAAGCCUGAGGACAACGAGCAAGGAAAAUGGUUUGAGCAACAGGUAGACAGGAAGGAUGAUGAGACCAUAGAAGAUCAAAUGGCUCAUAGUGUUAUUGAAGGACAGGUUUAUAUCAAUGUUUCUCCUCCUAAUGUGCACAGCACAGGGCGACCACGCUCUAGGAGCUAUGACCGGCAUUUGCAUAAAUCACCAUCUCCUCGCCUUGGAUCUUUGGAGCGUAUGAUGAGCUGUCCAGUAAAACUGAGUGAGAGUUCUUCAUGCUCCUCUCACCACUCUUCACCACCCCGAAGAGUCACAUCCUUUGCAGAAAUUGCACGUAGUAAGAAAAGGAGUAAUAGUUUGAAUGGAAGCUCUCCCCCACUAAGGAAAAGCAGUGACUCAUCAUCCCAAGACAUUUCACCAGUGUCUGAUAUUCAGUUAUGCAUGGGAGAAUGCCACAGUCUUCCACCCAUGCCCUUAUUGCAUUGCUACAACCAGGGAAACUAUGAUCUUGAAUCUGCUUCUGGAGGAUCACCAUUGCAUAGAUUUAUUGAGAAAGAAAGUCCCCAGCCCCCUGUGAUGUCUGCAGAGCCUAGCCUGGAGGUUCGCACCAAAGCUGAAGGAGGUUCUAUCAGUGAUGGAAGGGCAACUAUACGUUACAGCAAAGAGCAGCGCCCAACCACUUUGCCAAUCCAGCCUUUUGUUUUUCAACAUCAACUCAGCAAACCACAUGCAAAGCUACGUCCAUUGCUCAGUGACUACAUCAGUCAAAUGUACAAUCGUCCUACUGGCCAGCCAGCAUCUGACACUGUCAUGCAGAGGGAGGACAAAGAGGAUAGAGUGAAGAAGACUAGUCCUGAUUCAGUUCGAUUAUCCCCUCUGGGAAGCUAUUCACCAGUGCAUAAUGGUGACUCCAGCACUGAAACCUGUUCAACUUGUACUCCAACCCCUGACAGAUCUAGUAAACCACCCCGCAGUCGUUCUUGUCCUGCUUCUGCCAGCCUCCUCCCAAUCAAAGUUUCACCAGUGGCUAGACAGUUUGGCAAAGCUAAUGAUUAUCAUAAUGGAGAUCAAUGCAAAGAAAAACCCUGUUCUCAGAAAAUACAGCAAGGGGGUCUGAUUGACUCUCCAACAAAGGAACAACCAUCUCUGUCAGAAAAAGUUAGUGGAUACUGCCUGCAUGAAACAUCUCGACCUGCAUUUUCCCCAUCAGCAUUUAACUCAUUGACACAGCUAAACCCACAACAGAAGUACAUUAAAAAUGAAGACAUCAAAGAAGCAUACAGACAAAGCAGUAUUGCAGUUCGUCCAGGAAAUGCUCAUCAUCUAUCGCCACAGGCCCUGAAAUGGCGUGAAUAUCGGCGUAAGAACCCUCUGGGCCUGGAGCGUUCAGUAGCUGUUCCUCUACUUGGCAGUGUGGACUCAAGGAGGCCAGAGAAUAGAGUAACUCGUCGCAAUGUAUUUGAUUUUCCACCAAUGAUGAACCAUGGCCACUCCAAACUGAAUGGUCAGUCAAUAAAACAACUACAGAACUAUUAUAGUGAUUUGUUUCCUGAUUAUUUCUCACUAACUGAAAAACCUCCUGAAGAGUUUUGUCUAUCUCCAGAUGCGGCCACUGAGUCCAUCUCCAUUGACAUUGUGCAGAAAAGAGAGCUUGUCAAGGCCAUGAACACUGCAGUGGAUCUGAUUGUUGCUCACUUUGGAAAUAGUCGAGACCCUAGUGUAAAGGCCAAACUUGGAAACAGCUCUGUGAGCCCUAAUGUGGGUCACCUUAUAUUGAAAUACCUAUGCCCAGCCAUCCAUGCUGUGCUCAGUGAUGGUUUGAAGCCUUUCAUCCUUGAUGUGAUUAUUGGUCAGCGACGUAAUGUUCCCUGGAGUGUUGUGGAAGCAUCUACACAGCUUGGUCCCUCAACCAAACUUCUGUAUAGUCUGUAUGGUAAGAUCAGCCAGUACUCAGAACUGACCAGUCACACCAUGCGCUUUAAUGCCUUUAUCUUUGGUCUUCUGAAUAUGAAGUCUGUGGAAUUUUGGUUCAACCACUUGUACAACCGUGAAGAUGUGGUGACUACUCAUUACCAACAAUGGGGUUUCUUACCCUUGUCACAGGGAGUGUGUCAUUUGCAAUUUGAGGAGCUACUUCUGCUUUUACAGCCACUUUCUUUGUUGCCUUUUGACCUGGAUCUUUUGUUCGAGCACCGUCUGCUGCAGAAGUCCCAUGAUCAUUUCCGUCGCAAGGAACAGCUCUGCCUAGCUGGCCAGGGCUUAGAGCAGUCAGUCAGAUCCACAUUUCAGCUUAUGAGAGGGUGGGGUGUGGGAUCAGUCCGGGAAGUAGUAGAUGCUCAUAAGGAAAGAAAAGGACGCAAUAACAGUUUUGCAGGGAUAAAGGGAGAGACUAAAGCAGUCCAUGGAGUCUUUUUUAAUGGGGAGAAAGACAAAUGUAAAGGGAUUGCAAGAACAGAAGUAGACACUUUGAGGGAAAUUGAAGCUGAUCUGACAUAUCUUAGAGAAAGAAGUAAAGUUCUGGCAUUAGAAAGAAAAGCUGGUGAGGAAGAUGGAGUCAGAACAAAAGACAGAAAUGCUGGAUGGUGGUAUCAAUUGAUGCAAAGCUCUCAAGUAUAUAUGAAUAAUAGUUCAGAGGGCUCCAGGUUUGUGAAGUCAGAGAAAAGAAAAAAAACAAAUGCAUGUGGCCAACCAUCACUUAAGACAGUACAAGAAGUGACAGACAGACAAAUUCAUCCACCACCCAGGGAAGGUGUAGUAGAGGGUGCUGAAGCUGGUCCCGAUGCAAACAUAGAGAAAGACAAAGGAAGUGGCGUGGUCUUCACAGAAAAAGGAAAAGCCUCUUGGAUGGGAAGUCCACCAGAAUCAGUGCUGAAUGACUUAAAAAAAAGCAAAGAUAAAGAGUUUGUAAAACAAGAGAACAAAAUUCCCGCUGUACAUAUGCAUGUGAACCAGGAGUUGUUAGCUCAAGGGAUACGCUGGGGAAGACUCUUUGGAGCUGAUCUAAGCACUUCCCACAAGAGAGAAAACCUGGAGCAUCGAACAUCUAGGGGAACUAAAAGCAGGUUACCUUCUGGAUGGCUCAACCUGGACAAAUCAGUAUUAGAUUUCAUGACACUGACAGUGGGGACAAGGAAACAAAAGAAUAAGACAUUUCCAGAUUCAGAGGCACAACACCGUGUGGAGCUACAAGACCAUGUUACAAGGCAAGAGAUUUACUGGGAGGUAAGGGCUCUUUGUCAUCACAUUGCCACAAAACCAGGACAGCUGAGCUUCAAAAAGGGAGAUGUGCUACAAGUUCUGGGCAAAGCAGACCAUGAAUGGCUCCAUUGCAGGCUGGGAAGUCUUUCUGGUUUAGUACCCAUAAUCUAUGUAACAUUACCGGAAGAGCAGGACAGCUGAAAACAGUCAAGAACUGGAGAUGUGAAUGGAGGAGGGGACUUUGUCAGGUCUGCACUGCUAUAUAAAUGAAUUUCACACAAGGGUUGUUGCACAUCGGCAAGCCUUCACAUAACUUAGAGUAAACUAUCACGAAGGAAGCAGACACUUACAGAUUAGAAUACCCAAAAGAACAUCUGCUCCUUCAACUAAACUUUAACUUCACAACACUUGCACUUUGGAUAAGUUUGCCUUUGGUGUUCCAGAUUUGAAUAUAAAAGGAUGCAUACUAUUAAUUUGCUGAUCAGCUUCUUUGCAACAGGAGCUGUACACUACUUGCCACACAAAGCUUAAGCUUUUAACACAAAAUGAUCAUUAGCACACAAUACUUGGUGGAGAAUAUCAACUUCGAUCUAAUAGAAACAUCUAUAUUGUUAUCAAUUAAGUCUAACCUGAAGCCACUUGCUUUUAUUCAUUUCAAAGGGAGUACAAAUGUAAAACUGAAAAAAUAAAAUGAAGGAAACUGUGACAAAUGGUCUCCUGCGCACAUAUUCAAGGCUAUUUGAUUCUCCAUUUCAAGAUCAGAGCAGAUGGAGUGGAUCUACAACAUGAAGAUCGUAUAUUAUAGAUGUUGUAAUCCUCAAAAGCUGAACUUGGAUUUAUCACUGAAAAACUUAAUAGGAGCCUUGUGCAUGUGUCCAUGCUUCCUGCAUCCCAUUAUUGCUAUAAUGAGGACUUACACACUCUGCUUGGGGACUCAAAAGUAGGAAAAACACAAAAUUGUGUGUUGCAUUUGCAGUAUUAAUUUCUUAGCAAAGUGUAGUUGUGAGCAAUACAAAAGUCAAGGUUGUAAACAAAGAUGUCAAGCAAAUGUUUGUUAAUCUUAGGGCAGAGAUUAUACAACAAAUAAUAUGAAUACAAGGCAAGUAACAGGUAAUGAACUUCACUAAAUGAUUGGAUGGAUAGAUAUAUACACUGAUCAAUUACAAAAUUAAGACCACAGAUAUUGUGACAGUCCACCUUGUGCUGCCAAAACAACUCUGACCCAUCAAGACAUGGACUACACAUGACCUCUGAAGGUGCCUUUGGUAUCUGGCACCAAGGCGUUAGCAGCAGAUAACUUAAGUCCUGAGUUGUGUACUGGGGGCUCCAUUGUUUAGACUUGUUUUUACAGUACAUCCCAUAGUUGCUCAAUCAGAUUGAGAUCUGGGGAAUCUGGAGGCAAAGUUAACACCUGCCAUGUUUCUCAAACCAUUCCUAAGCAAUUAUUGCAGUGUGGCAGGGCAUAUUAUACUGCUGAACUAGGCAUCUGCCUUUAGGGAAUACCAUUGCCAUGAAGAGGUGUAUGUUAUCUGCAGUAAUCUUUAGGUAGGUAGUAUGUGUCAAAGUUACAUCCAAAUGAAUGGUAGGACCCAAGGUUUUCCAGCAGAAUAUUACCCACUGCAUCUCACUGCUUCCACCGGCUUGCCUCUUCCCAUAGUGCAUCCUGCUGCCAUCUCUUCUCCAUCUAAAUCACUACCACAUACCUGCUUCCAUUUCUCCUUGGUCCACAUCCGAUGCUCACAUGCACAUUGUAGGUGCUUUUGGUGGUGGAAAGGAGUCAACAUGAGCACUCUGACCAGUCUGUGGCUACACAGCCCCAUGUGCAGCAAGCUGCAGUGCAUUGUGUGUUCUGACAUCUCAUGCCCAGAAUUAAAUGUUUCAUCAGUUUGUGCUACAGUAGCUUCUAAUACAUCACCUUUAAGAACUGACUUUUCACAUGUUGCCUAGUAUGUCCCACCCCUUGUCAGGUGCCAUUGUAACGAGGUAAUAAUUGUUAUUCAUUGCACCUCUCAGUGGUUUUAAUGUUGUGGCUGAUCAGUGUAAACAGAUUGCACUUUAAUCAUCCUCUAGGGGAAAUUAAGACUUUACAGAAGCUCAAGUAAAAUAUAAUUACUAUGACAAACCUCAUCCCACCAAACACACAGAAGAACUUUUCUUUUUGGGUGAGGAUGAGAGCUGUUCCCUUCUAACAAUAAGCUAGCAAGUAAGAAUAAGAUGGGUCAGGUUGUGGUCAAAUCAUGGAAGCUUGUCCUUGUUCCAUCCUAAACAAAGGUUGAAAUCAUUCUCAUUCGAGGGCCAUAAUGAUUCAUCAUUAAGGCAUUGGUAACAGAGUCAUGUUUGUUGCUGAGAGGAAGACAUACAAAUAUUAAUUGAGAUGAUGUAACCUUUCUUCCUGGGCAGUAACAUGUAUAAAUUUAGAAAGACGGUCUGGAAUAUAUAUUUUACUUAUACUGUACUUGUAAUGUGCUUGCUUUUGCACCACUGCUCAUUCACAGAGAUGGUCUGUCUUUUUCCACUGAGUUUGAUCAUAUUAGAUGAAAUCCAUGCAGCAUUAAAAUAGCAUCUGCAGUAAUUUGUUUAAACUAGUUCUCCGCAAUACACAAAAUGAAACAGUACUUGAACAUUUUGUGACUUGCCAUGAGAUCUUAUAGUUCAUCCAACUUAUUUGAAAGUGAUUGAACAUUCAUCGUUACAUGGAAGCAGGCCAGUUCUGAAACCUUUCCUCCUUAAAUUUGUCCAUCGUUUGUGGCUGUUUGCCCUUACCAUCUUCAGGUAAGCAGUUGCUCUGAUAAAGUGCAACAAGAGUUUCUUACACACACUAGCAAUCUCAGUGCUACUAGUUGGCUACAGGAAUAUAUAACAUACCCCACUUUUGAGAUUCUCUUACUUUCUAAAAUGUUGCAAACAUAAGGUAGUCUUCAAAGCCCCUUUACUCUCCCUGUGUCUUCUCCCAAGUUUGCAGCUUUUCCAAAAGCUAGUUGAGAUAAGGCGAUGCUCAGAUUUGUGAUGACAGCGGCAUAUCUUCAAUUUAAUAUGCCCUUCUAAAUUUAUAAUGACAAGCUGGAUGCCAGAUCCCAUUUAAUCUUAACUUCAAAUUAUGUUAAAUGAAAAGGUCUAUCAUAAGAUGGCAACUACAAAGGAAAGCAGAACUUCUGUAAAAGGCUGUUGUUUGUAUGGCUUCCAGAAGUGAGAAUGGAGAAUGAUUGUGUAAGAAUGACCCUUGAGUUCAUCCUGAAGAGAAGGUUACAGGUUAUGAAUUUUGGCAGACUCAAGCAGAGACUAAUGUAUCACACACAUUUGUGUGGUAUGGCCUUCGCAUUGUUGUUUAAAUUAAUUAAAUUCUUACGCCGUUGACAAAUAUAUCAGAACUCUAACCAGGGUGGGUGAUGUCAGUAUUUGCGAACAUAGGUGGCAAUACUUUAGUCUUUAAGUACAAGCUGCAUAGUCACUUAAUUAAAAUAUAUAGCAAAGCAGGUCCCAAAAGUAAACUGUUUACUUUGUCUGUUGCUACUUUGUCUGUUGCACACACAACACAGUGACACCCCAGUGAAUUUCAGUUUUAUGUAGGAAAUUUAAUUUUGCACAACUUUUAUUGUUUUCAAAAGUAGGAAAUAGAACUUGGGUCUGUUGUUUAAAAUUUAUUGUUGUAAAAUGUUGGACAUAGUCAUUAGUUAAACAUUUGAAGGUCGAGGAUAUUUACCUUCCCAGGUUGUACAAGUAAUGUUGAGUGAGAGCUUCUUGGUAAUUUUUUGCUUUUGCAGUUAUGACAGGCAGUGUUAGACAAAAAGAACUGAUUGGUGCCUUUUGGAAGAACAGUUCUUUUGAGAUGGAUUACUGCCUAGACCUGCACAUACACAAAAUCAGCCCUAUAUGGAUUACAGCACUUAGUCAAGAUGUUUAACUUCUCUUUGUUAACAAAUAUACACAGCAACAUUAAAUCAUGUAUUUGCACAUACAGAGACAGAACCUCAGAAUGCACUUUUGUAAUGUGUCUUUCAGCUGAAAAUAACACAAUGGGAUGUGAUGCUCACAAGAAAACAUUUGUUUCUGCUGUUUUAUUCACAUGUGAAAACUUUAAUAUUCAAAUUAAGAGUAGGCAGCCUUUCCCUGUUGACUUCUCAGCAUUGUACAAGUUCAUUAUGCCAUUUGAAGGAAAUGAAAAACACUUCAUUUUUUUCAUUGUAUUAAGAUAUAAUUUACAGGCUUAGUAUACUAAAAUAUCAGGAGGGUUAACCUUUCUUAGUAUUAUUGAAACUAAAGCAUCAUGAAAAAGUUAAUUGAAAGACAAUGGCAAGUACAGUGCUGAGAUCAAUAUCGGUAGUACUAAGAAAGAGCUCACCUUUGGUUGUUUAUAAACAUUUUUAUCAAAUUUAAAAUAGGACAUAGAGUAUGUAAAUUUAUUAAUUUAGCAGUGAGUAAAACACACUGACUUAGUCUGCUUUUAUUAAACUAGACAUGUCAACAUUCAGGCAUUUGUAGAUCCAGCUUCAAACCGAAAGUCAUUGAAAUAUUUUGGACUGGUCUUGAGACAAACCUUAAGUGACCCGAGUAUGAAUACACUUCACAAAAUAUGCCUUUUCACAGCUGGAGUUGUGAGAUGGAUUAGCAUACAUUUGCAGAAGAAAUUAAUAGUUUAACAAUAAAUGCAUUAUUGUUAUAUAUACCACAAAUGACUGCAAUUUUUUAUUUAUUAGAAUAAUUCAUUUAGACUCUUACUUUAAAAUGUAAAGUUUGAUUUACAGCUUGGUUGACUUAUUACAAAAUAAACAACUUGUUUUUUAAAUACUUUGGCAUCAAUCUAAAAAUAAAUUAUAUGUAUUUCACAAUUUGUUUAACUUCUAUGUAAGGAAAACUUUUUCCUUUGAUACACAGAAGUAAGUUGUACAAUGAGCCCUUUUAGCAUGUUUUACACCUAGAUGUUUUCAGUAAGAAAAGUAAAAAAAAAAACUGCAUUUACACCACAAAAGCAUUCACACAUUUGAUAAUGUUUGCAGUGUAUUACUAAGUUUACCACAAUAGGAAUAACCCACCUAUAUUCAACAUGUAAAACUGAACGUCUCUGAAUUAUAACAUGAGUUGGAAGUCUGCCACAGUGGGUUUUAGUGCUGUGUCUUGCAAAAAUGUGCCGGGUUCAUUUCAUUGUUCUAAUCUUUAAUAAAUGUGUAUAUACAGUGACACAGAUGGACACUUGUUAUGUGUAAAUUUCACACAAACUUUAGAAGGUUUAACAUCAGACAGAGAAUCAUAGAGAAGUGGAAUAAGUUAAAUUGCCAAGUAGAGUGGAAGAGCAUAGGAUUUCAGAAACCUGACUUGGUAUUAUUUUGUCAAAGUUAGGUAAAUAGUUUUGUUCAGCUGAAUGGUCUGUUCUCAAAAUAUGUUGUGUUGUAAAAAUAAAAUUGAACAACCAUGAUAAAAUCAAUUCCAACCAAAAGCAUACAUUAAACUUUUUGUUUUCAAAACAUUUGUUGAUUUGUGUUGGCAGAAAGUGCUGCUUUAGAUUUUUGUCUGGGCUUUUGAUUUCAGAUUAAACAAAAUUUGUAAUCUUAAUAAAAUUGACUUAAUUUUACAGAGGCAUUGCAAAAUAUAUGCAUAUUCAUUAUAAAUGUCUUAUAUAAAUGUCUAAUUUACAGCUUGUUGAAUUACUAAAAAAUAAGCAACUUGUUUUUUUAAUACUUUGGCAUCAUUGAAAAAAUACACUCUCAUGGGGCUAUUAUUGUAAGAUACACUAUUGAUUUGUAUUUGGUCUUUAUCAUGUCCCUGUAUAUUAGUAGGCUUGUUUUACUGGUAACUCAAAAAUAUGCUACUUUGGUUUAGGUCUUAUGUGUCGGGUAAGUAUGUUAUUCAACAAAUUAUUAUGUAAUGUAAACUCUUUUUUACCACACUGAAAUGUUGCUAUGCAGAAAAAUAGAUAAAAUAAUCUAUAUUUCUCAGUUAUUAGGGCAUUUGUUACACUCACUCCUUCCAGACCUCUUCCCUUCAAAAAAUUUACAAAGCUAAAUUAGGCAUAAAUUAGGUGUUUCCUCUUCUGCCUACAGAAAAAAACAAUAGCUGCAACAUUUAAAAAAAAACACGUGACUUGUCUGGUAAGUUUAUUUUAGUGUAGCAGUAUACAAAUAACCUUAAAGUUUGCUUGAAGUGAUUCAAAUUUUUUUUUUAAUUUCCACAAUAAGCAACCAAUGUAUCUAAUUGUUUUAUCACUCAACUGUUGGGACAGUUGUAUAUGAAGUCCUAAGACUAAAGGAGGACAUUAAGGCAGAAAGCCCCUGCUUUAUCCUGAAAAUUAGUAUGCUAAAUAGGCUGGUUAGUGAUUAGCAUUUACCAAAAAAAAAAAAAUUGAAAUAAUAUCUACUAUAUUUAGACUAUCACAUUACAAAAUGUUUUUUUACAAUGUAAAAGAAGUAUUAUACUAGUGACUAGGGUGUAUUUUACUAAACUAUAAACUUUUAAAAGUGUGCUUUUCUUUGGAUCUUGCAAAUCUGUCUAAUCUGAAGUGGUGACCAUGUGUUCAAGGCUGUAACUUGCCAAUAGUUAAUCAUGAACUAUUAAACCAGGAGCUUUACGGCAAUACAGUUAAUUUUUAGGUUUGAUCUAUAAAAUAAUGACAGAUAUACAUCAUUGACAUUCAUGAUCACACACUAAAACAGCGAUUUACAGCACAGUAAAUUCAUUUGUGUUCUGUUGACAGAAGGAUAAUGUAUUUUGUAGCACUGUUAUUAGAUGGACAUUGAUGAUGGUAAAAGAGUGACUGAGACAACUAAGUGCAACGCAUAUUAAAUUUUUUGUGGUGCCAAGUCAGUGAUUAAAAAUGUUUUUUUUCUAUGGAACAUCCCUGUGGCAUAAUGACACAUGCAUUCUGAAGUGCUGAAGCAUCUGUAUGUAUUUUUAUAAAAUACAAACACACACUACAAAUGAAUUAAUCUCAUGUUUUACCCGUUUUGUAUGUUUAUCGCUUAAAUUUUUGUUUUAUUCAUUCUGUAUAUUAAUGCCUUGAUCUAUUGUUUUACCCAUUACAUAUAUUUAUGAGAAUUACAUGGUGCUUAUGUGAACAUUGAAAAUGCCUUACUGUGUCUGAUUUUAUCGUGUAUUUUUUGUCAAUGAAUGUAGUGAAGUGCAACUCCAUGGUUAUUUUCCAAAUAAGCAAAACCGCCCCUUCAAUAAAGUAUAUGACUGCA